AUGACAAAUUCUUCGAACGAGAAUGAUGAGCAACAGGCACGUAAUUGUUGUAAAUAUAUAAUUUGGUUUUCCUCCUUUUGAGAGAAGAUCCGAAAAAGGACAAUACAAUUUGUACAAUACGUUAUAUAUCUGCUUUAAAUUUCUCCUCGCUUGAUUUUUCGCAAAAUUACGCCGACGAUUCGAACGAGGCAAGGAUGCUGCUUGUGGUAACGCCACAGAAAUGCGGCGACGUGUACCUGUACGAUCUUCCAGCGAGCCGAGGAAGUCCUGCGCCACCCUUCAGGCACGAUUCACCCUUGAACUCGAAUAACGAGCAUUUACACAACUCAGGCCGAUACACGACGAGCAGCAGAAGUUCAGUGGACAACGGUGGCGACGUGAGCGAGUGUUACGACGUGCCACCGCGAGCUGUCCCCGUGAUUCCAUCGCCAGCCAGCAGCCCGAGUCCAGCACCGUCGUGCUACGACAUCCCCAGGCCACCUACCUCCUGCACGCCGAUCUCCAACUGCUCCGGUGGAUCCGGCGUGACGCCUCUCGAUUGCUACGACGUGCCCAGACCGUUGCAGCCCCUCACACCUAGCAGCUCGGCGUCCAGCCUCACCAACGAUGGAUCCCUCAGCGGAUCGAACCGAUCCAGCCUGGCCGCCCAGGAUUACGAUGUACCUCGAUCGCGUCUUCCAGCAUCCUCGUUACCGUCCCGGCACAACACGCCCGUGCCUAAAACACCGACACCACCACCCCCGCCGCAAACGCAGCAGAUCUACGACGUUCCAGUCAGCAAGGAGCUUCCCCUGGAGCUGGACUCCGCUUUGGAAGGUCUGCAGAGGCUGCAGAGCGAGGCGUCCGCCGCGAUAGCCAGGUUACUCGGGUUCGUGAGCCCCGUUUGGAGAACGCCUCAGCGAUUAGACGCGACUCUGAUGGAUCUCAGGCUCGCCGCGCUCAGGCUUAGAACGUCGUUGCACGAUCUCGCUGAAUUUGCCGAAGAGGAGGCUUCUCGUAAUUUCUCUUCCUCUAUGCACAGUAUGUAUUUUCGCGCAGGCACGCUGGGCAACGCAGGGAAAGCACCGGACAAAGGCUUGGCCUCGAAACUACGACCUCUAGUCAAGGCCCUCCGCGAUUCCGACAAACUCGUGCAGGAAGCGGCCACCGAGCUGGACGCGAUGGAAUGGGACGCUGGCAAACUAUGUCGCGGGGGUGGCGAUACUCCGACACCUACUAACGGGCCCCCUUCGUCCCUGUUGCCACCGGUGCAACCGGAUCCGCUCGAUCAGCUGAUCGCGUGCGCUCAGGCACUCACGGAAGACGUUCGUCAGGUCGCCAGUUUCAUUCAGGGGAACUCGACCCUGCUGUUCAAACGGUCGUCGAUCAUUUCGACCGGUAGCAGCAACAACAGCGGUGCCGGCGAGGAUUACGACUACGUAAAUCUCGACUCGAGGGAGGUGGUCGCGAAGCAACGGGAGGAAGUGAGGGCAUCGCUGCCACAGGAACUCCGUAGUAAUUACGAUCUCCUGAUAUCCGAGUCGGACAAUGCCACGAUUCAAAUGCCACCCAGUACUCCGACACCCAUGGAUCCGAACGACAAACAAUUACUGGCCUUCUAUGCCGCCCAGGUGAUCACGCAUGGUAAUCACCUGACUCACGCCAUUGACGCCUUCAUGCAAACGGUCGAGCAUAACCAACCACCAAAGGCGACGCAUGGAAAGUUCGUGGUGCUGAGCGCUCAUAGACUGGUGCACAUCGGUGACACGGUGCACAGGAACGUGUCAAGGAACGACGUGAGAACGCGCGUAUUACAGUGCGCGAACGCGUUGAGCGAGGCACUCGGCCAGACCGUGUCGAAGACGAAACAAGCGGCCCAAUUCUUUCCAAGUGUGUCCGCUGUUCAAGAAAUGGUCGACAGCGUGGUGGACGUCUCUCAUUUGGCCAAGGACUUGAAGGUGGCCAUGAUCCACGCUGCGCAACAGCCUUGA